AUGGCAAACGUCAAACCUGAAGCACCAGAGACGAUCGAUGUUAAGGCUCAUAUAGCACUAGCACCAGUUGAAAGACCUUCCCUGGCUACACCUUCGCCCGCAGAACUCCCUCAACAUUCACCUACUCCUGAUGAAAAAGGAUUCCCCCAUUUCGAAGAUGGAGAUGUUCUCAUCGUUUCUGGCGACGGCAGGUCCUGGAAGCUUCAUUCUACCACUCUGCGCAAUGCCUCCGGCAGGUUCAAGACUCUGCUUGAUGAAAACGAUGCUCGCCACAUCACGAAGAAGCAGAAGAUUGAGGGCAAGACCAUCCGUUUCAAACUUGAGAUGAGUGCGUCCGAAGAUAGUCCAGACAUUCGGUUCAGAUCCUUCCGUGCCUUUAGCUCAUCCUCCAAGCAUUCAUUCCAAGUAAACGUCAAUGGUAUCCUUAAUGGCCUGGGCCACCACCAGCUAUACGAUAAUCUGUUCAAGUGCUUUUAUAACAUUGACCCUGAAUUCUCUGCCAUCGGCGAUGAUAAUGGUAGUCGUCGUAUUUACGACGCUGUCUCUCUGCUGCAGGCUGCAGAAUAUCUCGAUGCAGCUAAGACUGUCCGCAUCGUCAUCGAGGCUCACCUAUUGCGUCUUGACCAGAUGAUAUGGGAUCAUGUUGAGGUCAACGCCGAAGUAUGGUCCGACGUUGCCAUCCGUCUACAAUCUCCCAUCUUAUUCCGCGAAGCCAUUGCCCACAUUAUCGGGAAGUGGGAUUAUCCGAAUGGGCUCAAGAAAGAAUUCUUGAAGUCCCAGGACAAUGGUCCUGCUAUUGUUAAGCUUGCCGAGGCCAAGGUCAAGGAGAUUAAAGACAAGAAGGUUCACGUUGAGCGUCUCCUUAUCGAAUACUUCCCAGAAAAGAUGAUGCAUCCCGAGACUCCCGGACUUGUCCCCGGCCGUGCUACAUACGCCACCGACAUCUACCUCUGGCAGGCUCUCUGCCUCGUGCGUCAAUACGUGACUUCCGCAUACCUUAACAACCUGCACCAUCGUGCUCUGGACGGAGGCGCCAGCUUCUACCGAUCCAUCGGCAUGGGAGGCGACGCCUACCUUGGCAGAGAUGUCCUAGCGCUCUUCCAUACCAACUUCAGCAUGAGCUCGAAGGGAAAGACGUGUCUUCAAUCUGCCGUUGAGUUCUUCAAGGAUGCCAUCAAGCCCAUCGUCGCGGAUCUCCUUGUUCUUGGUACCCACGGCCAGCAAGCGCCAGACCGUGUCCUUCCGUACCUCACCUGUGCGGAGAUUUUGGAUGAGGAACUCCCGUGGGUCAUUGAGCGUGCCGAGGCCGCUGUUAAGCAGCGAGACUAA